CUUUUUGGUUUUUUUUGCACGAAAGAUGCUUGGUCCGUUUUUUAAUGUUUACUGUACUUGGAGACAAAGAUCCAGCUUUCGCUUCCUUGAACAAUUCAGCGAGAAUUGUCCAUCCUAACCUGCAAACACCGUGAUUGCUACGAAACUGCACCCACCUUUACUUAUUUGAGAAGGUGCAGGGACCUGCCAAUAGAUCUCCGAUCCAUUAUAAACUCUAAGUAGUCUGAGUUCUCUCUUCAGGGGCAAUAUGGCAAGCUUCAACCUAGUCCAUUACGCUCAGUCGCCGGCGUUCGUUGUUUUAAUGGCCAUGAGCUUGAUCGGCUUUGCGAGCUCGGACUAUGCGAGCGACCGAGCCGAGUGCGCCGACAAGGUGAUGGCGCUGUCAACAUGCCUCACCUACAUGCAGGGCAGCGCCAGAGCUCCCACGCCAGACUGCUGCAGCAGCGUCAAGCAAGUCGUGGAAAAGAGCUUCAAGUGUGUCUGCGUCCUCGUCAAAGAUCGCAACGAGCCAGAGCUCGCUAGCUUCAAGGUCAACGUCACCCUUGCUUUAGGUCUCCCUUCCAGGUGCCAUGUUCCCGCAAACGCUUCCGAUUGCCCAAGACUGCUGAACCUACCUUUGAAUUCAACUGAUGCCAAGGUGUUCGAGCAAUAUGAAAAUGCGCUUAAAGGGAAUUCUGCAAGCAACAGUGGGAAUUCUAAUGGAAAUGCGUCCAUGAGCACAAAGGCAAGCGGAUGGAGAAUAGAGACGGGUGCUGGGCUGUGGAAUUUGUCUUUGCUUCUUCUUGUGCCUCUAUUGAUUCUUGGAAGCUAGAGAAGUUCUUCUCCAUCAAAUAUGCAUUCCGUUUUCAGUGCAAGCAUUCAACUGCCAGUAAAACUAUUUUAUUUGUCUUAUGAAUGGACUAGUUAUAUGUUUCUAGCUUUGAUGCUCCUCAACAGGGAGUGAUUCUGCUAAAUUGGAGUACCUGGAACUACUAAUUUCUUUGUUAGUUUAGCUUUUUUUUUUUGGUGUGUGUGCACUUUUCUAAUUAGCGACUUUGGUUUUCUUCCAUGGAGAAUGUUUUAUCAUAAGGAGUGCAAUACAUGGCCUUCUCACUGG